AUGGCUAAGAAGGUUGAAAGCUCCAUGAAAAGGAAACUAUCUGCACUUGUGGUUGAUGAUGAUCCCGUCGGCCGGAUGAUUCUUGUUGCAAUGCUUCGAAGGCAUGACUUCGAAACCUGUAGUGCUGAAAAUGGUAGGGAAGCAGUGGAUCUUAUUCGUUCUGGGAGACAAUUUGAUGUCAUUUUCAUGGAUGUGGUGAUGCCAGUUAUGAAUGGUAUCCAGGCUACUAGAGUAUUGCGAGCAAUGAGAGUGAAAACCAUGAUUGUUGGAAUGGGUCCAUACUCUCGUGGUGACAAUCCUAUAGAAGCUGGUAUGGAUCGUGUUUAUGAGAAGCCCAUAACACCAGUUAUCAUCAUAUCUAUUCGUCAAGUGCUUCAAAACUAG